AUCGACGUUCAGUCGUCUUUUGCUGUUGAGCAUAAUCGGUUGUAUUUUUAGUUCUCCGAUACACAAGCGAACUUGCUUGUAAAAACGUGUAUAAAGUGCACGUUCUUUGGACUUUUUUGAAUUUGUAACAAGUUCAAACACAUACGAGUGCAUACUAGCAAUGAAAUAACCGCAAAUUUUUCAAAUACAAGAAAUUCUCAAAUUAGCACAGUAUAGAUGUACAUAUGUGUGUAUGUAUUUGAUGCUGAAAAAUUAUCAACGAAGUGAGUGAAUAAACAUUAGAGUUAUUGGUGUUGCUGCUAUGUGUAAAUAAAUAUAAUAUUAGCCAUUUAACAUCGAACAACAAUGUUUUGAUAACCUGAUAAAUAAUAUAGAGGAAAUAAUAUAUUAUCAAAUAUUGGCAACCUAAAAGUGUCAUGUCCACAAUUCUACUUUGCGCAUUUACACCGGAGUCAUUAUUUCCCACUCGAGCUAAUGAGAUUCUCACAAAACUGUCAGCAUGAUGUAGUAGUGCUGAGUGGCCGAUAAAUAACCAUAAAAUACGCCAAUUUGGAGCGUUUCCAAACAUCAGCAAAAUAAAAUCGCACGAAUGAUACUGUGAUAGUGGUAAUAAAAUAGACUUUAGACUGCGUUUGCAACCAACAACAGCGGCAAAAUGCAGUCGAAGCAAAUGCAACAAUUUGCACUCAUUGCUUGCAUAUCACUGAUAUUUAUGCUCAAUUUGCUGCUGACGACAGCAGCGGCCAACGAAAAUAUACCAUCAAUUUAUGAAAGUGAGGAUUCGUCAAUGGAAUAUAAAGAGCAUGAGCAUCAUAGCCGACUGAAUAAGAAACAUCAGCACCGCCAAGAGCAACAGCGACGGCAGCAGCAGCGUCAUCGACGACAUGAGCUGCGUGAACGCGAGAAGCGUGAGGAGGAAAUGGUGGGAGUGUAUGACGUACCAGAUGGGGAUAAUCAACAUCGAAUGCACCAAAAGCAUACACAUCACCAUCACCAACAACAACAUCAUCAACAGCAACCGCAUUCGCGUCAACACCGUCAGCAUCGUGGCCACUCGCAAAAUCCCGCUGUUGGUGGCCUUGCUGCGAGUUAUCUUAGCGGUAGUAGCAGUUAUCCUUCGUCAUCAGCGUCCUCGUCCUCGACAACAUUUUACAAGCGACACUCACGUGACUCAUCAGCAUUUCCGGGCCGUGAACGCAAGCCAAAUAUUAUUCUAAUACUCACAGAUGACCAGGAUGUCGAGUUGGGCUCGUUGAAUUUUAUGCCGCGCACGCUACGUUGGCUACGAGAUGGCGGGGCUGAGUUUCGACACGCUUACACUACGACGCCUAUGUGUUGCCCAGCGCGCUCUUCACUGCUGACUGGCAUGUACGUGCACAAUCACAUGGUCUUUACAAACAAUGACAACUGCUCGAGUCCGCAGUGGCAGGCUACGCACGAAACUCGCUCCUUUGCCACAUAUCUCUCGAAUGCGGGCUAUCGUACGGGAUAUUUUGGCAAGUACCUGAACAAAUAUAAUGGAUCGUAUAUACCACCGGGUUGGCGGGAAUGGGGUGGCCUGAUUAUGAACUCGAAAUAUUAUAAUUAUAGCAUCAACAUGAAUGGGCAAAAGAUCAAGCAUGGAUUUGAGUAUGCGAAGGAUUACUAUCCAGAUCUGAUUGCGAACGAUUCAAUAGCUUUUCUGCGUUCAUCAAAACAACAAAACCAAAGAAAACCUAUUAUGUUAACAAUGAGUUUCCCGGCGCCUCAUGGACCUGAAGACUCAGCACCACAAUAUAGUCAUCUUUUCUUUAAUGUAACAACACAUCACACACCUUCUUACGAUCACGCGCCCAACCCCGAUAAGCAGUGGAUAUUGCGCGUCACACAAUCCAUGGAACCGGUACACAAACGUUUCACAAAUUUACUAAUGACAAAGCGGCUACAGACCCUGCAGAGUGUAGACGUCGCCGUAGAGCGAGUGUGUAAUGAGCUUAAAGCUUUAGGUGAACUAGACAAUACUUAUAUCAUUUAUACCUCCGAUCACGGCUAUCACCUGGGACAGUUCGGUUUGAUAAAGGGUAAAAGUUUUCCAUUUGAGUUCGAUGUACGUGUGCCAUUCCUGAUACGUGGACCGGGUAUACAACCGGCACGUGUAGUGGAUGAGGUCGUUUUGAAUGUUGACUUGGCACCCACGUUCUUGGAUAUCGGUGGUGUUACAACGCCACAGCAUAUGGACGGACGCAGUAUUUUGCCGCUGUUAUUUAGUAGACAGCGAAAUGUUCGGGAUCAGUGGCCAGAUACGUUCUUGAUAGAGAGCUCAGGACGUCGUGAGACUCCUGAACAAAUAGCUGAAUCUCGUUUACGUCUGCAGGCGGAUCGGUUAAAUAUGAGGCUUGCCAACAGCACCUUUAUUAACGAAUCGCCAUUUAAUGAGAGCAUAGCAAGCGGACCCAAAAUAGACGCCAUCGAUUUGGAAUCACGUGAGGAGCCGGAUUUCGAAGAGAGUGUAGGCUCGGAGGCCGAUAUAGAGGGGAGAUUUGAGACUGAUAUAGAAGAUGACGUCGAGGACGAUCUGGACACGGACAAUGAAGAAGACGUUUCUUCAUUUGUAGUAGAUGAGGAUAUUGAAGAUGAUGUGGAAGUGAAUGAAGCGCAAGAAGGAGACCUGGCACAAGAACAACAGGAUCAGUUCGACAAUAAUCUACCCAUGGCACCGUAUAUGACGAAAAUGAUGCGUUUGAAUUCAGAAUGCUCCGAUCCAACCUUGCUGGAAAAUUGUCGACCCGGCCAAAAAUGGAAAUGUGUCAAUGAAGAUGGUCGUUGGCGGAAGCACAAGUGCAAAUUCCAUUUGCAGCUUCAACAUCAUCUGGAAGAGAUAUCGAAAUACCCUAAAAAGGAUACCAAACGCAAUUGCGCUUGUUUCACACCAGACGGCGUUGUUUAUACGAAAAUAAAAACAAAUCGCAAUUACUUCGAGGGCGACCGAAUUCGAAAGAGAAAUCAAAAUCCAUCACGGGUUUCGCAUCGAAAUAAGCGUUCAUUAGAUAUUCAUUCGGUUUCAAGUGAAGUUUUCCACACAGAACUGCCCUACGAGAUGGAAGAACUACUCGAUUUGCAAGAUACACUAAGUCUAGUGGAAGAACACUUGACUCAGCCAAAACGCAGUAAACGAGAAUUAACGUCCAGCUUCUUCGAAAUUACCACCCCUACUCCCACUGACCUGUAUGCGGGCGAAAGUAGAAAAUCAGCAAACGACUCAUCAAAUGAUGCCAUCUCCAAGGUUAUACAAGAAAUACAAAGCACACUCGAAACACUUGAAUUAAAGUUUGUUGCCCCAAAUGACUCACGUCAACCUAAUUCCACGACCACAUUGUCAGCAGCCGGCUUCGUACGCAGCGGCAAGUUUCCUAAGGUGGGUGGACGUGUUGGCACACGCUGUUACAUUGAAUCGCAGACAGGCAGAGUAAACUGCUCCGAUGUUAUUUAUGAUGAUGAAAAGACGUGGCGCAAGUCGCGCAAUCAAAUUGAUAUGCUAAUCAAAGUGCUCAAGGAUAAAAUAAUUCAUUUGAAGGAUAUUAAAAAGCAGAUGCGAGAGAAUAAACAACAGCAACAGCAGCAACAACAGCACCAUCUACACUACAACUCUGGUCGAUAUUGGGAUAGGGAUUACGUGCCCCGCACUGGUGGAAAUGGGAAUAGGAAUAAGGCAGACGAGCGUGGAAAUGGCGAAGAGCUGCCCUACAACAUAUCAGAUUACUUGGGGCGCAGACAGAAAGGGCGCCGCCGUAAUGGCGGUGGUGGAGGAGGUGUUCACAAUAACAAUCCCUAUCAACGUGGUGGCUAUAAUCACCACACAUAUCAGCGACAACAUUUACCUGGUAUUGGUGGUGGCCGACGCCGUUUCGACAAACCGUUGGGCGGGCGCGACUUUGAUUUAAAUUAUUUCGCGCAGGAGCAUUUCGGUGUUACAAACACGUACAGUAAUGAUAUUAACAAUGAUAAUGGGAGUGGUGCUGGCGGUGGCUCUGGGUCUGGUCGUUUUGGCGGUAAGAACUCUUAUGGCAGAAAUCGUUUACGGGAGCAUAAUAGCAGCCAAGGUACUGUGUCGACACAAAUGCAGAGACGCAGGCGGCCACAGGCGGUAACUGCAACACCACCACAAAAGUCGGACACAUUGACAACAACAUCUUUUACUUCGCCAGCAACAACAGUGAGAGUUGUGAACGGCAUAAGAACUACAGCGAGCAACUCAGUUACAACCACAAUUAAAAGUAGUGCACCGGUUGAGAAUACUGCAUCUACGACAGCAACAAAUACAACAGCUACCACAGCAACCUACUUUCAUUGGUCAACAACAAAAUCACCGCCAAAUAUCAGCCUCGCAAUUAGCAAUAGUGAAGCUACAUUGGAGGAUAGUCAGCCCACCGAAAGGACCAAAUUGCCGCUCAGCAGUCUUGGUGAAAAGGAAAUUUUCAACAACUUGGGCAAUACACAUAGCAGUGACCCAUUUCAACAACAAAAGGGCCAGCCUGCAGAAUGUUAUUGUGAACCGGAUACUGAGAGUUAUGCGGACUCAAAGGAAAUUGCACGCGAAGCCCGACGCAAGUUGAAAGAGGAGCGUCAGCGCAAGAAGGAGCGAAAACGAAUUAAGAAAGCGCGUCUGGAGAAGGAAUGUCUGUCGGAGAAGAUGAACUGUUUCUCACACGACAACACACACUGGCGGACGGCACCACUUUGGAACGACAGCCCUUUUUGCUUUUGUAUGAAUGCCAACAACAACACAUACUCAUGCAUACGCACCAUAAAUGCAACACACAAUUAUUUAUACUGCGAAUUUACAACGGGCCUAAUAACAUUCUACAAUUUGAAAACUGAUCCAUUCGAAACACAAAAUCGCGCAUCGACCUUAACGAGCGAGGAAAAGUCGUACAUGCAUGACACAUUGGAAAAACUCAAAGGCUGUCGCGGCAAAAGCUGCACCAUUAAACGUAACUUGCAACCACAUCAUCAACAACAAAACCAAAGUGCAUUACGUCCACUUCAAAGAGGCUAUAAAAGAAAACAAGGCAUUGCGCAGAGCACCUCGGCCGUUAGCUCAUUUGUCUCUAGUCGCAUAGACUACGAUGAGCCGCUGGCGAAACGAAGGAAACUCUCCAAGUGGUCAACGCAUACAAAUUUGAAACGUAAACCAUGGAAGCAGCAACAUCACUAUCACCAUCCACAGCAACAGCAACUCAGACAAGAACAUUUGCAGCAACAUGGCAACUAUGGUGAUGGUGAGGGUCACACUGUGAGACGUAAUCGCUUUCAUCAAGAAAUAAGUGGUCAACACGACCAAUAUCAAAAACAUCAACAACAGCAUAGGAACAAACAAGAAGAAGAAGAAGAACAUUAUUUACCAAGUAACCGCAGCCAAAGUGACGACUUUGAACCAAAAAUCAUUACAAAUGAGACAGUUACUACGCGGGAAAGCACAGAUGUAGGGGAGGACCAAACUUUUACAGCCGUUACAGAUGCAACAGCGGCAAAAAUGGCGACAUCGAAAAGACCGGCAACAAAUGACACAACUACACCAACAAACACUCUCACAUCAGCAAUAUAAAUUUAAAAAGUACAUGUAUGUAUGUACGUAAACCUGCCCUUUGCAUAUCUCCAACAAUUCAUACAAGUGGAUUAUAAAAUAUGAGACAUCGCUCAAAAGUGAAUGAAGCUAUCAUUUACCGUUAUUUUAGCAAAUUUUCAACAUUUACAUUGAUCUUUGCCACUUUGCUUUCGGUUGUUGUAGCAUUUAUCGCACAUAUGCACAUACAUAUGUCAUAUGUACUUUUUUUUAAUUAUUUGCUUACGCUCGCUAAAAUAUAAUAUUAACUAGCAAACAUCACUUCCAAAUUGGGCUCAAAAAGAGAAUCAUAGCGUCGCGUCAAUAUCAGAGUGGAAAAUAUUAUUUUUUUAUCUAACUUUUAGAGAACUUGAAUUUUUGUUAUUUUUUAAACAUUAGACUCUUUUCGAAUUUACCAUAUUACGGUACUUUCUCUACCUUUUCCAACUCAAAAUUCAAGUUGACAGGAGCAUAGGAAAUGAGUCAGCUUUGUGUCUGAACUUGGGUAAAAAUGCGUAUUUUAGAGCUCUGUACAAAUUCUGAGCGAGCAGAACAGGUCCAAGAAGAUGCUAAUGUAAUGUUUCAAUACAAAUGUCUGAGUUUUGUAAUUACGAGUACUUGUUAAACCCUGAGGACCAGUGAAUUAUUGUAUUUUAUGUUUUAUUGAUUAAGUAAAGAAUGUGUAACUUUAUACUGACAAAUUUAUUUAAUUUAAAAAUAUAUAAGAAUCCAACACAUACAUACAUAUGUAUAUGUGAAUAAGACUCGUAAAUGCGGAAAAUACUAGUGAUGGUGACAAAUAUAAGUUUGUAUAUGUAAUUGUAAGUAAAUGCGUAACUUUUAGUUUUUGUUUUGAAUGAGACUGUUUUUAUAGAUUAACAUUAUGAUUAAGAGAAAAUUGCCACUAACCUGUUAAAUUUAUUGUAAUGAAUGUAUGGUUCGAAAUUCAUCUGAUAGACUAACUUAUACAUAUGUACGUGUAUAUGUAUGUAUGUAGGCUUGAAAAUAUAGCUAAUUAUAGUAAUUAAUAAUAGAAAGCUUGGCGGCAGUCGGCAAGUCGUUAGCAUUAAAACCGAAUAUGUAUCUGCAAACUAAUUUAAAUAUUAAUAAUAAAAAUUACCAAAAAGGGAAAUAAUUACCAGAAAUAAGUCAAAAAGCUAGGUAAAGCAAAAAACUCAAAUUAAUAACAUGCUUGCUUAGCAAUUUACUGUGAAAAAAUGAACAAUUGAAUCUGAAAAAUAUUACAACAAAUCAAUAAGUUACAACUAUAAUCUGUAUAAAAUUAUUACAUAUACAUAUGUACAUACAUAUUUGUUUAAGCUUGUAUUACUUUUAAUUUUAAUUUUUUAAAUUAUUCAUAUUUUAUCAUGUAUUAUUAAUUCAUAAUAGAUAAAUAAAUACAAUAUUUAAUAAUUUAUAAAAUCGCAGUUUAAUACAAUUCAAACACAAAUUAAUUAAUUAAAAAUAGUAAUAGUAAACUUCGAUAAUAAAUUGAACAUUCUUCUUCAUCUUUCUCCACUACUUUCAUUUAAAACGCCUAACUGCUAAUUUUAUGUAUAGACACAUUUUUCUUAUAGAUGUGCCAGCUCAGCCAUGGCUAUCACUUUAUUUUAUCAUUUAUACUAUAGGCUGCACCGUAGCUACGAAUUUCACGUAAUCCAAAGAUUUCCGGCGACUCAGCGAGAAUGUUAUCGUUAAAACAGUUAUCAAAAUAAAUAAAUAUUUAGUUUUUACCCGAAACGAAAUGCUGUCGUUAAUGUUAAGCCGUUAACAGAUAAUGUUAAGUGUUGAAAUUGUGGUGUGCUGUUAAUUCAUAGCAGGCAGCCAUUUUGAUAUUAACGGUUUCAACAAUAAGAAUUUCAUUUCGUUUCGAUAACAUCGCACAGAAUCGAAAUAAAAUCAUUUCGUUAAGUUUUUUUUUAUAUUAACCAAACGAAAUGCCAUCGUUUCUUUAGUUGAGCGUCUCUAAUUUAUACUCAUAAUGAAUACUAGUAGCUUCAAUUCUUUUUUUAAUAUCAUCGCUUCACAUUUUUCAUUAAGUCAAUUGUAUUAUUUAUAACGCUGCCAAUAUAUAAUAAAAUAAUAAUUGGAAUUGUACACCCAACUACAUUUAAAUAAAUGGUCUACCAUAAAACAUCAAUUGGAUUUAAUUAAGAGCGAAUAAUAAUUAUAAACUAUAUGAUAUAAUUAUGAAAUAUAUGUAGCAAAAUAUUUAUAGUAAAUAAAAC